UUAACUAUCAACAGAUAAUCAGGAACCACCUCAUGUUGAUAGCCAAGCUCACCAAGACAGCACAGGGCCUAGGGAGAGGUUGAACAAUGGCCAGAGGGUGAUAGGAAGGUGGCAGCUGUGCUGGUUCCCCUGGUAUUAAACGGUGGAAAGAGAUAUCUAGUACCUGUAUAUCACUCCGAGGUUCACUCUGCAGAGGCGAGAGCCUGAGUUGUCUCAGUUUUUUCCUGGUGGUGUGGUAGCCUCACGGGCCUUCUGAUGAAGUGCGGCCUGGGAUUGAGUGGUGUGGCAGAUGUUGGAGAUGCCACGCCCAUUACUACAGCCCUGAGGGAGAUAGAAGAGGAGUUGGAUUUCCCUUGAAAAUGUGGAAAAUAGCUCCACUCAUUUUCUCGCCGUGACCUCUCCUCCCAGUGGUGAGCAGGGUGCGGUGAGGGCCAGCAGGCUGAGAGUCAAUCCACGCAGCUGAGGCGGAGGAGGCAGUGUUUACGUACCCCUGGCCAAUGAUCGUCAUCAGGCAUACCCACAGCUCAGGCCAGAUGGAGUGUGGUCUCAUCAUGUAUCGCAGCCCCUAUUAUGCAUGUUCAUUCUGGACAUGGCAGAACAUUUAGCAGCCUAGUUGAACAUUGCUACAUUUGUACAAUAUUUAAGAUGAUUUAUUCAUGAGGUACUUUUUGUGGGAGGGGCUGAAUGCUCUGAAUGUCAUUUUUGAUGUCAUGCAGGAAUGUUUAUGGACUUGACUUGAAGCUAGCUACUAGAGUCGCUGAGCCGGAAAUGGAUACUUUGGUCGAACCACCACCUUGUAGUAGUUUGUUCUCUGCUAAAACUGACAAAUGCCAUUACGUAUGGAGGGGGCUUUGUUCCAGACUGGGUUCUAAUAUCAUUGCUGUAUUUGAUCCCAGCACUGAGCAAUGGAGCCUCAAGCCCACCACUGGACCUCAACCCCCUGGAGAGUGGAGUGGUUGCUCUGUUUGUGUAGGUCAUUACCUGCAUAUCUUUGGUGGUCAUGACGGGAACGAUUUCGUCAAUGACAUGUACAAGCUUGAUCUUGACACUUUCCAUUGGACCAAAGCUCGAUCUUCUGGUAGUCGGCCUAUUAAAAAGAAUGGCUGUGGACUUGUCUGUUUGAAUAAGAUAACUCUGGGCUGCUUUGGAGGAUUCGGUAUUGAGGGCCCCACACAACCUGGAUCAACAUUCACCAGCAAUGGACAGCCUGAUAGAAGUGGACGGACGAACGAGUUUCAUCUAUUUGAUGUUCGAAACGGUGUCUGGUCGUCCCCUGAACUCAGAGGAAAGAGACCUCCUCCCUGUGCUGACUUCAGUUUCACCAUGGUAGACCAAAAUAGGGCAGUCCUCUUUGGAGGAACCCAACCUGGCCGGGAUUGUUACGCCAAUGAUGUCUACCUGUUCGACUUCAGGAGCAUGGUGGUCACUAAGGUAGAGCCAGUACAGGGAGAGCCAUGGCCAGUGGAGAGAUCAGUCCAUGCUGCCUGUUGUCUGAACUAUGGCAAGGAUCAACCUCAACUACUGAUACACGGAGGACUGGGUAAAGGCAACAAGGUACUGGGGGACAUGUGGAUACUGGACGUUGACGCUGGCAAGUGGACAAAGGGGACGCCUCCCGAGUCAGUGAAGCCACGUAGGGGUCACUCCACUACAACCGCCAAUCUGGGACCAGGACUCACCGAGGUCCUCAUGUUUGGAGGCUGUCUAGAGAAUCAUAAGCCUGUUGCUGAGACUACCAUACUGAGAUUUGAGUUGACUGGUCCCUCAGCGUCUGUUGCCGGACCCUCGACUGGAAAGUGGACUCUCGUGGAUGUGGCCCACAAUGACACUAGAGGCUCCGCCCAGCGACUCAGUGAAAAGAUGAUAAAAAUCAGACAAGCAAUUGCUCGUUCCUCAUCAGUCCAUGAGGCCAGCGACCACUCCUCUCAAGACCAAGUGGAGACUCUGAAACAACAAUUGCAAGAGAAGGAUCGUCAAUUGGCUGAGGCCAACCAAAGAGAUGCUGACCUGUCUGCUCAAAUCACAGCUCUAGUGAGGGAGUUAGAAGGCAAGACGAAAGAGUUGGCGGCACACAACACAGAGGUGUGGAGAAUUCCAGCCAACAGAGUGAACACGUUGAGAACGAUUGGCACUGGAGGGUGGGGGGAGGUGCUGGAGGGAACAGUGAGCGUGGCCGUCAAGCGACUCUUUGCUGCCAUUGUUAGCCCACGUAAUCUGGAGAGACUUCAGAGAGAAAUGAGGCUCUUGGCUGAAGUACGACACCCCAACCUGGUGCAUUUCAUUGGGGCAGUGUUUGACCAGUCCCCUCCUCUCAUCAUCACCGAGCUUCUGGACAUGAAUCUCCGACAAGCGUACGAGACAAAUCAACUGGUACCAAAAAACCGUCUCUCGAUCUUCAUCGACAUUGCCCAAGCUUUGGACUAUCUGCACCAGCGCUACGAACCCAUCAUCCAUCGUGAUGUGAGUGCUCCCAACGUCCUCCUCCAGCAAAUGCCUAACCACCAUUGGAAGGGGAAGGUCUCUGACCUCGGCUCAGCCAACUUCCUGCAACAGGCUCAGACAAAAGGCGAAGGAUGUAUUCUUUAUUCUGCCCCUGAAGUGAUACCUCGAGCCUACAAUCCCAGACGAGAACGAGUUCCACAAACGACUAAAAUUGAUGUGUACAGCUACGGUGUUUUGUUAUGUGAGGUCAUCACCAAGACAUUUCCAUCAGAAGAGAAUUAUUGGGGCAUGCUUGAAGAAGUCGAAAGAGACUAUCCACAAUUCCACAAUCUGAUUAAUAACUGCACUCAAGAAAGUCCCGACAACAGACCUACUAUGAUUCAAGUUCUGAACUUGUUAGAAAAUGACAAAAUGCCUAAAAUUUAGGCUAGAAUUCGACGUUGAACUUUAUUAUUUUACUAUAAUAUGUGUACAUGUAUACACGUACGAUUGUUAUUGUAUGACCCAUGACUGAAGUAUAAAUUAUAA